AUGGAGGCGGAGGUCGAUAAGCUGGAACUGAUGUUCCAGAAAGCUGACUCUGAUCUGGACUACAUUCAGUACAGGCUGGAAUAUGAAAUCAAGACUAAUUAUCCUGAUUCAGCAGGCAAGAAAAAUCCAGUUACACUUUUAAAGGAAUUGUCAGCAAUAAAGUCUCGAUAUCAGACUUUGCAUGUUCGCUUUAAACCAAUUUCUGUGGAGCAGAAAGAGACUAAAAGCCGCAUUUGUGCUACUUUCAAUAAGACUAUGACCUUGAUACAAGAACUGCAGAAGGAAACAGACCUGGAGCUGUUACCACUGACUGAAGAAGAGAAAACUGCGGCAGAGCAAUUAAGAGCUCACAUGUCAGACUUCUGA